GCUUCUUCUUCAUAUCCACCUGCGCCUGCUCCUCGUCCUCGCGACGGCCAGCGAGAGGCGCCUCGGCCGGGCAAAGCACGCAGCCAAAGCACGCAGCCAUCGCCAAGCGUGACCCGUCAUUCGCAUCUCCCGUCUCGCCCGUCCUGAAAACAGCCAUCAUUGUGACGACAGCACAGCACAUGUAUAUUUGACGGGGCCUGCAUAAGUUCCCCCCCAGCAGAGCGAAAGUCAGCGAAUCCAAUCUUAUCGUUUGCUGGCCUGACCCACCUUCGCCCAUCCCGCUGCCGUUGAAUCGCUGAUCGGCCAACCGUCCAAAGCCCAAUAAUUCAACCAACGAACUUACCGCGACCUCGCCUGCUGCUGCUACUACUACUACUACUACCACCGACGACCCAUACUGGCUUGCCCCAUUCUCUCCAUCCCGCUGCUUCUGUCUUGCACAACCCACUCUGCUGCCCCUUUGAUCCUCCUCUACCGUACUUCAACCGCCCGCUGUGUCACUCUCCUCUCCACCGCCACCACCAACACUCUCGUCAUCGUUUCGCCCACCCAUCCGGCAACCACCUCAUCCCCCCGCUACCUUCACGUUUGCCACCCGCCCUGCUGCGCGCUGCUUCUCUGACUGGCAUCAAGAACAUCGGGACACUGCAAUCACUGGCUGGUUGCCGCGCCGUUCAUCCCGCUCUCCUCGUCCUUGCCCGCCGCACGAACCUCAACGGACCUGGGUCUGUCCCAUGGUUGACUGCGGCCGCGACCUCUGAGCGCAAUUCUCUCUCGCCGCGAAGAAAUGAUACUCGACCCUCAACGUCCGGUUCCGUGAACGUUCAACCACGGUCCGCCCUCGAUGGCGGCACCAGCAUAGCAUCUGCUUAGGACAGCUGCCCUGGAGUCUCUCGCGACCGUCGCUGAAGCAUCCUUCUCGCCAUUCUCCCUACUCCUCUUCCUCUUCAUCUUCCUCCUCCUCCUUCUCUCCUCUCCUUGCGAACUCGACUGCCAGCUCAAAGCUCCACCCUGGCCAUGAACGGCGGACCAUCGGGGCCAGAUCUGGUCUCCGACGAGGCCGUUGCCGGUGCGGCUCGUCAACAGACACCAGACCCAUGCUUGCAUGCUGCUACGGGCGUCGAGACCCCGCGCGCUGAAGAUGAGGGCGUGGCCGCCAUCGGCGUUGGCGAUGCUGGACACGCCCCUGUCACCACGCCGACUUCGCUGCACCAUUCAUCGACGUUGUCACCGGAGUCGUCCUCCCCGCUGGUGCAGCAACCGCAGAAGACCGUCUCGGCCGGCGACGACAGCUAUUUUGCCCCGCGGCCAAUGCGCAGCGUCUCGACCCAGCUGGUUAUUCCAGAAGAGGAGGAGCUGUACGUGUCGCCAAAUCUGCAUCAGCCGUCGCUGCUGGCUCAGUCGCCCUCCGCCCUCAAGUCGGUCCGGGCCAGCACCGCCUUGACCCCCGAGAACGUCGUUGUAGCGUCAGAGCAUUUGCAGGAACGACCGGGCAUUCAGCGUGAAUACUCUACCGCAUCGAGCAUCAGUAACGCCAGCACCAUUCGUGGCCACGACGCUGCCUCACACCCUCCGCUCACCCAGUCGAGGAGCAGAGAGCCUAUUUCAUACCCAAAUCAGGCCUAUUCGGCCCUUCAGAACCAGUACCACCCGCAUCCCUCCUCCCCUCACUUUCUUCAAUCACGCAGCGGUCAUCCCUUAUCGUACGCUGCGUACAUUUCGCAGUCGGAAACGGGAUCGCCCGCCCCGAACGACGUUCGAAGCACUGCGCAUUCCGCAUCUCAGCCGCCGUCCACCGCCAGCAGCCCCGGUCUGUUCACCCCGAAGGGACACGCGCAGCGCCCGCCCAUUGCCCACACCGAGACCGUCGAUGGCACGUACGCCAGCCCCUACCUUCACCACACGCACAGGCAGAUGCCAAAGGAGACGCAUCUCGCCGAGAUCGACUUCGAUCCCAUUUCAGGACGCAAGGUCAUCAACCAGUAUGAGGUCAUUGACGAGCUCGGCCGUGGCGUGCAUGGCAAGGUCAAGCUCGGCCGCAACCUAAACGACGGCACCUUCGUGGCCAUCAAGAUCGUCGAGCGAUACUCGAAACGCAAGCGGCUGGGCAAGAACAACAAUCACGAGGCCAAGAUCAAAAAGGAGAUUGCCAUACUCAAAAAGGCACGCCACCCCAACAUCGUCGGCCUGCUCGAGGUCAUCGAUGACCCCAUGAGCAAGAAGGUCUACAUCGUUCUCGAGCACGUCGAGAUGGGCGAGGUUGCCUGGCGCACAGAGGGCGCCCCGGAGAUCUGCUUCAUAGAAUACAGACGGAAUCAGCGCGAGCGCGCCGGCGAUUACGACCGCGAAGCCGCGCGACUAGAGGACGAGCACCUGCUAGAGGAGGCGAAGAGGCACAUAGACAAACGCGACCGUCGCAAAUGGAAGAAGAUAAAGCAGGCCCGCCUCAGCGGCGGCGAAGCCCCGACCUGGAGUCUCGAGUAUGCCGACGACGAGGACGACGAGUACUCGAACGGCAACAUGUCGCGCACCCCGUCGGCCACCACGUCUUUGAGCAACGCUGCGAAGCACGCGUACAACGACCACAAUUAUCCGCGCCCCGACCAGACCGUCAUUCAUUACGAGGAUGCCUCGCUGAGCCAUCACAACCGCAAGGAUUCCGAUUAUCACCUGAGUGACCACGGCAACUCCGACCGAGUCAACGCAUCCAGCCUCGAGGGCACCAUGUACGGCGCGUAUGACGAGUCGCUGCGUGGCCGCACGCCGUCUGUGGCGGGUAGCCUCUCGUCCGCCGGCUACGAGAGGGAUCUCAUCGAGCAGAUCCCGGAGAACUUCAGGUACGUGCCCUUGAUGACGCUCGGCGAGGCACGGCGAGCCUUUCGAGACACCGUGCUCGGCCUCGAGUACCUACACUACCAAGGCGUCGUCCACCGGGACAUCAAGCCCGCCAACCUUCUGCAGGCCGCGAGCGGGCACAUCAAAAUUUCAGACUUUGGUGUCUCGUACCUGGGUAAGGAGAAGUCAGAGCCUUUUCCCAACGGCGACGAGGCGUCCGAGUACGAAGGUCAGGACAACGAUGCAGCCGUUGAGCUGGCCAAGACGGUGGGGACGCCAGCUUUCUACGCACCGGAACUCUGCCAGACCGACUGCGACCCGGGCGCGGACGCCCCGCCCGUGACGCAGCAGAUUGACAUUUGGGCCCUCGGCGUGACGCUGUACUGCCUCAUCUAUGGCCGCGUCCCUUUCUACGACGAAAACACGUUCUAUCUCAUGCGGAUGAUCGCGGAAGAGGAACCGUACAUUCCCCGCCAACGCCUAAAAGCUGUCGACACGCAGGCCAACUCACGGCCGUCUUCGCACGGUCGAACGUGGUCUCAACAGGCAGCCUCCCACAAGCGUCUGCCAAACGAGUUGGUCUACGAAGAUGUUGACGAUGAGUUGUUGGAUCUUUUGAAACGCAUGCUGACCAAGGAUCCGCGCAAGCGUAUCACGUUGAACGAGAUCAAGCACCACGGCUGGCUGGUGCGAGACAUUCAGGACAAGGUUCGCUGGCUCGACGAGACCGAUCCCAACAACUUUACCGCGGGCAGGCGCAUCGAGAUCUCGAAGGAGGAUGUCGACGUCGCAGUCGUUCCCCUUACCAUCGUCGAGCGGGCCAAGUCGGUCGCGCGGAAGGUUGGCGAGGUGUUUGGCAUCGCGUCGAAGAAGUCGUCCUCGUCACGUCGGCGAGCCGAGAGCGCUGCCACCAACGCCUCCGAUCGCAGUAACCCGGCCUCUGCCGCGAGCAGCAGCAGCACCAUCUCGCAAGACGCGCGUCGCCAGCGAGAACUGCGUCGGUCCAGCCUCAAGCCUUCGGACGAAGUGCUUAUGUCGGCGUUCAACAAGCCCGCCACGCCGUUUGGCGAGCAUCCGUUGUCCCAGAGCGUGACUGCAAGUCCGGAACCGCGUGAACGGGUCGAAUUUUUUCCCGGUCCCGACUCCGGUCCGGACUCGCCAAUGUCGACCAUCUCGCACCCGCUUCAGGCAAAGCCAAAGCAGCCAGCGGCGACCGCUGCCGCCGUCGCCGCCAGACCUAAUGCGCCCGACCGAGCACAGUCAAGCAUAUCGGCGACAGGCUCGAUUCGCACGAUUCGUCCGGGCGACCUGGGUCUCGGCACAGGAGCGACGACGCUUCCUGCGUUGCCCAGCACGCCGAUGGAGCCUCACUCCUCGUCGAGUCUUGGGGGCAUCUUCGGCGGGGCCAAGCAGAAGCUGCUGUCCACCGUGAGAAAUGCGAGGGAUCGAAGCGUUGGCAGACACGGACGCGCUUCGCCUGUCGAACGCACCGGCAGCGUUGGUGCUGACCCCCACGCUCAAGCGAGCCUUGCUAUCAGCGACGCGGUAGCUGCCGGCCACGUCACCGCCUCGUCCCAGCUGCUCGAGGAUUCUACGACCGCGAGCUCUGUCACGAGUGCCGUCUCCUCCCGCGCGGCCUCGGUCUCGUCGAACAUGCACCUGGCCCCGAGUGCAGCCUCGGAGGGUGACCUGUCGCGAAAUUCGUCGUUGUCGUCGAUAUCAUCUCGUCGACGAGGUCGCGCACGGACGGACACUUCGUCUGCGCGUCCUCACUCUACCUAUCUUCCUUUGCUUGGCGACUCUGCCUCCGACUACAGAGAUCAUCACCCCGCAUCCACCGCACCCUCAGACGCCGCCGAUCCUCUGUUUGUUAGAGCAAAGGAGCAGCAGAUUCGUCGCCGGCUACAAGAAUCACAGCAAAGACCAGCCUCAUCGCUGGGUCAUGCGACCAAAGCGUCUACAGCUAGUGCGGACUGUCCUCCGUCUCCCGAUGACAUGGCUGCAUGGAAAAAGGAGGAACAGCAAGCGCACAAGCAGCAGGACUCCUACUUUGGGACGGUCGAGCCGCUCCCUGAGGCUGCUCAUCCUCAGCUGGCUUCGAGCUCCUCGGAGGACCACUUCACGGGCAUGUCACAGUCAACGUCGAAUCCGUCGAUACCGUCGGUUGCCUCUGCGGAUUCUUCUGUACGCACGGACGAAGGCACUUAUUUCCCAAGCCACACACCCGGUGACCGCAAGGCGUCUGACCGAUCCGAGGAGCUUUUCAUGUCUGAUGACCAGCGUGCAAUCUACUCCCGUCAGAUCCAUCACGAAGACUUUGCGUACGAUGGUGACGGCGACGCCGCUAUCGAGAGCGGGUCUGAUGACGACUCGGACGACUCCUUCGUCGAGAUGACCAGACACAGGAGCAGAACGCAGGGGUUAACGAGGAGCGAAAGCAUCAGUAAUGGUGAACUAGCGCUCCAUCGAGCACGCAGGGCCACCGGCGAGAAUCAAAGUAUCAAGAGCGCACGGUCUGGGAGCAGCAACACGAUGAAGAAGGUUCGCUCGCGAAACGACACCGAAGACGAAGCUGAACGACAGAGGCCAAUGAGUGCCGUGCAUUAGACUACCAUGUUCGCACGACAUGGUUUCAUGUUCGAUGAGGAUCUGACGAAAUGCAAUAUACCCCACACGAAGUAUCUACGCUCUACCUACCGAACGCUAUCAUUCCAUCACAAAGCAUCACCACCUAUCUACCUGUAUAUGUCUCCGAAAUUUUCGCGCGCGCGCAGGAUCAAGCUCAUUCAGAUCAAAAUCUUAGGCGGAACGGGCUUGUGGGAAAAAAAAAAGAGGCGUCUUCACUUCUUCUUGUACUAAAUGCAUCAUCCAUGUAGAUCAACUUCGCCACUACCACAGAUGAUCUGGAACCACAAAAAAUUACAACUAUAUGGGCGCGCGCGCUUUUAGCAAGGCGGGAAACGGAUUGCUCUUGAUGUGUAAUUUUUUUUCUUCCUCUACAGAUUGCUUUCUUAGGGAUUGUAAUGCAUGGAGGCUUCUUCGUUGUGGCGCUCACAUACAUUUCUAAAAUACGCCCGUAUGAUCUGUCCAUUUGUUUACAACACCUUGUUUUUUUUGGUGUUGAAAGACCCCAUCCUCAUUUGGUGCGUGUGUGUAGUGCUUUUCGUGCUCUGCUUUCCCACCGAUUCUUCUUUACCCACCUUUGGGCUGUGCACUUUACUCGCAACCAGGCAUUUUGAAGGCCGUUCAUGAUUUUACGGGAUACCUCUGCUGCUGGAGGGGGGGAAGGGAGAGUCGCAUUUUGAGCCCGGCGUGGGCAAUCAGGUAUAGACUAUGGCUCGUGUAUAUUCCGCCGGCUGCCUUGCUGGUGUUUUUCCUUUUAUAGGGUUGACUGAUAAAUCGAAAUAUGAAGCCGAUUGAAC